UCGUUGAAAAUAUUUUAGAUGAAGCAUUUUUCCUCUAUCCCACUCCAACGAAAUUUAUGAAUCUCACCGAGUGAGAUUGUUGUUAACGAAGAAUAUCAAAAAUAAACAAUGGGUGGUAUUCUAGGAUAGAGACACCUUUCAAGAUCAAGAUAAAAAUCAAAAUAAAGACCAAGACUGUCGGUAUUCUACUUUACGACGAAUUAUCCAGGAAAGUAAAAUCAAAAUUUGCGUUAUCCUACUUGUCAGUUUCUUGGUCUCAGCUUCGCGCCAAAGAAACUUUAGCGAUAUCUCUUUCUAACGCAUUAAAUUUUUCUAUUGCGCUUUCUCGUUCGCUCUCGGAUGACAAUUGAACGAAAUUUAAACACUUUAUGGGAAUUUCUUCCUUAUGACCAUUACAUCCAGGAGCCCUGAUUGUAAAAUUUCGGCUAUUAUUCCCAGGCAUUGUUGCUCCGGGAAUGGGAUGAUUAUUGUUGGAGAGGUGCUUUUUGCCUCCAGACUAUGAAAAUUUGGUGGUAACUGUACCCCCAAUGAUGGGUAUGCUACUGUAAAAUUUUGAAUUUUUCGUAGGAAUCAUGGUCACUUCUUCUUGUUAUUAAUGGAGUGACCUCCGGAUUAGGGAUCUCAUCACAGGAUUGUCAUAUCCUGGACAAUUCUGGGAUUCUGGUGCAAAAAUGUUUGUUUUUCGCCGGAAUUGUGGUCACUUCUCAUUGGUAAUGAUAAAGUGACCUCCGGACUAGGGAUUUCAUCCCAGAACUAUCAAGCCCUGGACAAUUAGGGAAUGCUGGUGCAAAAUUGUGAUUUUUUCGCCAGAGUAGUGGUCACUCCAACAUUACUAAUGGAAAGUGACCAUAAAUCCGGCGAAGAACACACAAUUUUGCACCAGCAUCCCAGGAUUGUCCAGGAUGUGACAAUCCGGGGAUGAGAUCUCCAAUCCGGAGGUCACUUCAUCAUUACCAAUCAGGAGUGACCACAAUUCCGGCGAAAAACCCACAAUUUUGCACCAGCAUUUCAGGAUUGUCCAGGAUGUGACAAUCCGGGGAUGAGAUCCCCAAUCCGGAGGUCAUUUUAUCAUUACAAAGGAGAAGUGAUGACUAUAAUUCCAGCAAAAAACAAACAUUUUUGUACCAACAUCCCAGGAUUGUCCAGGAUGUGACAAUCCGGGGAUGAGAUUCCCAAUCCGGGGGUCACUCUAUCAUUAGCAAGAUGGAGUGAACACAAAUCCGGCAAAAACUCGUCAUUUUGCAUCUGCAUCCCCUAUUUGUUCAAGAAUUUUCAUAUCUCCCAUAGCGAAUUUACUUUGCCUUUACCUCAUUUAAAAACCAAGUUUUCAGGCAACCUCUGAACAGUCUUGGAAUUUCUCAUAAAUCCAAGACGUUUUACGAUAUAAUAAGACCGUAAAUCUCUAUCGUAGAAUACAGAAUCUUGGAAUAUUUUUAUCCAAGUCUAUUUUGACAACUUAUUUUGUAAAUCUUGAUUUUGAUUUUGAUUCGUAUCUCAGAAUACUAAAAGUCUUGGAAGUUGUAUGAAGAAACAAGAUUUUUAGAUUAGGGUUCGACCGUAAAUCUCUAUCUUAGAAUACCAAAUCUUGAAAUAUUUUGAAUUUCCAAGAUUAUCCUGAAAAUUUCUUGGAACUUUAAAGUAGAAUACCAAAUCUUGGUUUUUUUCUUUAUUUUGAUCUUUAUAUUUAUCUCAGAAUACCGCCAAAGGUCAGACAAAUCUGAAAACCUUAUAAAAGUAUUUCAGAAAAACGUAUUUGAAAAAAAGUCCAACGUUAAAAGUAAAACGUCAAACGUUAGAAUUACCAAAAUUAGACAAUCAAAUUGUCAAAAGCCUACAAAAAAAAAGCCUACUUCUAGUGCAACAGCAGCUAGGCUCUAUUCCUUCUUUUUUAUAUCCUUAUAAAAUUUCUAUUUUUAAAUCUCUUUUAAUCAAUUAUUUACCGUCUCUAUAAAAUAAGAAAAAUUCUAAACCUACCUUUAAGAAUAGAUUUAUAGCAACGCGACUAACUUUAUAAUUUUUUUUUUAUUUUAAAAAACAUCGGAAUCCUGGUUAAAAAAAAGCAUCAGAAUCUUUAAGCUGGCUCUGCUAUACAAAAAGUAUUACAGGGACUACAACCCCCCUUUGUACCUACCCCAGGAGGGACUCGAACCCUCAAUCCCCGGCUUAGGAGGCCGAUGCCUUAUCCAUUAGGCCACUGGGGCAAUGCAACGACCAAAAGAAUUUUUUAAAGUUCUUCCUAAAACGUUAAAACAGUGUCUAACGGCCGCAACGGAUGAUAUGUUGUAUAACAUCCAUGUCAAUUUAUGCUGUAGCUUCAGUGUGGUGCGAAGAAAAACAACUCGAUUGGUGGCCAGAAGAGUGAAAAUAUUGCUUUUCUUGCGGAUUACCUGGCCAACAGAUUCGGUGAAUGAGUGCAAAUUGCCAUUGAGUUAUCUAGCCAUAUGAUGAAGGUUCAUUUUCGGGAGCAAUACGGUACAAAGGGGAACGAGAUCCUCUAUGUGACACCAGCAGAUUCAAUCACAGACCAAAGCACCAUCGUUCGGGUGCCACUGAAGAGUGACAAAAUCAUAAUUAAGGAGCGCAAUGGGCUCAUUCGGUUGUUUCAGCAAAUCUUCCUGCCUCAAGGAUACCCCGAUAGUGUCAGUGAGGAUUACCUUGAGUACCAAAUUUGGGACACUGUGCAGGCUUUCUGUAGCACCAUCACCGGCACCCUGACAACCCAUGCUAUUCUCAAGGGUGUCGGGGUUGGUAGUGAUGCUGUGAAUCCCCUUUCAGCAACGGUUACGUGGGUCCUAAAAGAUGGAGCUGGGCACCUGGGGAAGAUUCUCUUUGCAUGGUGGAAGGGUUCCGAAUUGGAUUUGGACUCGAAGAAGUGGCGCCUAAGGGCUGAUGUUCUCAAUGACGUGGCAAUGGGGGUGGAAAUUUUUGUUCUGCCACGUUUUCAACCCUUCUCCACGUACAUCCUGUGCGCUACGACCACCAUGAAGGCCAUUGUUGGUGUUGCAGGAGGAGCCACGAGAUCCGCUCUGACGCAGCAUCAUGCCAUUCGUGGCAAUUUAGCCGAUGUAGCAUCCAAGGAUAGCGCUCAGGAGACCUGUGUCAAUCUAAUAGCAUCCGUUGUGGGGGUUUUCUUGCUAUCAACUAUUCACACCUCUGGCCUCCUGUACGCCCUCUUCGCCGUUGCCACCCUUCUACACAUUUAUGCUAAUUUGCGAGCUGUUAAAUCCGUUUGCUUGCGCACCUUCAAUGAAUCCCGACUCCUUAUAACGCUCGAGGAGUACCUCAAGACUGGAAGGAUGCUCUCUCCGCGGGUUGUGAAUAAACUCGAACGUGUGACUAUUGGGCAGACAGUCUCCCUGUCACAUAAGGUCUCUAUUGGGCUGUCUGCUAAGCACCUAGUUGAUCACUACAAAACAUCCCACGAAGUGGAGAACAUCCUUACGGGAUUCGAUCAUACUGAUCGCUUCAUAAUCGCCGAAACGAGUCGCACCAUUGGAAUUUAUCUCCAUUUUGAUGCUAGGCCGCAGGAUGUUCUAAAAGCUUACUUCUAUGCUGUCUCCUAUCUUCAGGAGGAAGAUCGUUCGCAUCAGUUGCGUCAACAAAAGUACUGGGCAAUUCAGACAAAGUGGAAUGACUUCUACAGCCUAGCCCAAUCCGAGGGAUGGUACACAGCAUCCCAUCUUAUCUUUGUCGAUGAGUUCCGUUUGGAUUGGCGAAUAUGAAAGGAGGCCACGGAGACACAUGUCUCCGGGAAGAUGAAACCACAACAGAAGUACCAAAGAUUCCAAUUCUAGUACAUUCCCCCAAAUGCUUUGCUCUUCCGCACCAAAAUCACGCUGUUUGCGAAUCAAUCGACUCCCUUCCGGAUUCUUCCUUCGCUAAGUAACCUAUGCGUGCGCCUUCCGGUCUCCACUGACCACCCUCUUCUUCGCAGGCACAGUGUGAGACAAUUUCGUUACUAAAUUUUCUUGUAGUAGUUUGCAUUUAAAUGAAGGAAAAAAAAUGAAAUAAGUGGCUUAAAUCGCUAAAGCUGAAAAAAUGAGUAAAAUGACGUCAAAUUAAGUAGUUGUGCAGAUAAAGCAAUUUUUAGAAUUUUACCCUGAUAAAAACCGCUCAAGAGGAUCUCAAUUUUAGACAAUGAAAACAUAUGAAUUACAACACGAGAUAUAUUAGGAAUCAUAUCAAUUUUAUCGAGAUAAUUAUUCCCAUCGCAACAUGGUGAGAUUUUAAUGAGAAAAUUUUUAGGAAUAUAAAACUCAAACUUUUUUUUUUCAACUUAAAUGUGAUAAAACCUUUUGAACCACGCGUGCACCUCAUUCCAUUUAAAAUGAGGUGAUUAUUUUUUUUUUUCUUAUAGAUAACUAAAAGAUUAUAGAGUGCACGGUUUGUGAAUUUUCCAGAAUUACUGGGGAAAUUUUAACUUUAUUUAGAGUGAGAAAUAAAAGUAAUAAUAUUACACA